AUGCUUCCCACGUCUGCAACUCAUGGCGCCAACUCAUCCUCUCCGCCUCGUGUCUCUGGGGAAGCCUCAUUGAUAUCGGGAAAUGCCCUCCUCACCGUGAAGGGCCGGUUCCCGAGCAGCGAUGAAAGUGCGCGAGAAUUUUUCUCUGAAAUUCUUCAUCGGAACUGGUCCAGAAUCGAGAAUUUGAACAUCGAAAUCCACAAGAUGGGGUCUAUAUCGGACGAUCUGGUCCGCAAAAUCUGGUACCCCAUCUCCGAGCCAUCAAAAGCAUUGAAGGUGUUCCAGGUAUCGAACUUCGGUUGUGCGCAACCACUUUCAACGCACGACCGAUUAUUCGGCGAUGUGGCUCCAAAAUUGUGGUCUUUUCGAUGUCUCGGAGCUGAACACACAACUUUCAUCAACGCUCCAUGGCUCGUCCAACUACGCCUUCUGGAUGUCAAUGGACCUCUCGAGGCAUCGCCACCCUUAUCCAUGUGGCUCGAACAACUCAGGAGCAUGCCACAGUUGGAGUCCCUCAGCCUACGCGAAGCAUUCUCAGCCAUCGAAGAAAGUGAAAUUUCCUCAAUAUCACUCCCGAUCGUUCAACUACCUCAACUAUCGGAUCUUACUCUAUGCCAUGAACUCUUCCCAGUCGCGGUAUUUUUAGGGCACAUCCACGCCCCGCCACAAUGUCGAUUGAGGGUAGUGAUCACGAACUGCCAAAUGCCCCUUUCAUCACCCGGAACGUCCAUGAUCCAUCGUAACCUUUCAGCUUACGCCAAGUUGUGGAAAAGCCACACGCUAAAUUUCACCGUAACGUACCAAAAGGUAUUACUCCGGCAAGACUCUCUGCAUCGCAAGUACCACCCGCUCUUCGAAAUCAUCUUCUUCCCCGACAACGCAGGGGAUUUCUCUCGAAUUUUCACCUGCUUGAAUGCCUUUCCGCCUAGCGACUUGGUUCACAUUACGACAUUAAACCUACAGAUGACUCAAAAGAUGCAAUCCCGGUAUCGAUAUUCAAAACUUUCUCGCCUCACUUCCCAACAUUGA